AAGAGAAGGUUGGAUUAAGGUAAAUGUGAACACCACACUACAAUGGGGAACAUAUUUGCGUCAUUGUUUAAAGGCCUCUUUGGAAAGAAGGAAAUGCGAAUUUUGAUGGUGGGACUUGAUGCAGCAGGCAAAACAACAAUUCUGUAUAAACUCAAACUGGGGGAAAUUGUAACCACAAUCCCAACCAUAGGUUUGAUCUUUGUAGUUGACAGCAAUGACAGAGAACGAGUAAAUGAGGCAAGAGAAGAACUAACGAGAAUGCUGGCAGAAGAUGAGCUGCGAGAUGCAGUAUUGUUAGUUUUUGCCAAUAAACAGGACCUACCAAAUGCAAUGAAUGCUGCUGAGAUAACAGAUAAACUGGGUCUGCAUUCGUUGCGUCACAGAAACUGGUACAUCCAGGCCACCUGUGCUACCAGUGGAGAUGGACUGUACGAGGGGCUGGACUGGCUGUCCAAUCAGUUGAAAAACCAAAAGGCUUGAAAACCAAGAAAUGAUCCAUUCCAUUCCCUGUAGUGGCUCUGCAGAGUUGGCCAGCCAUUUGCUGUCUGUGCACCUUCUGUGUGUGAGUACAUCUGUGACCAAGUGGGAGCAGCCUUCUCACUAUGUGCCUUAUACGUUUCCUUGAAAACAGUAUUGAGUUUCGAAACACUACCCAUUUGUUGGACACUUUAUACCAUCAGAAAAAGUCUAGAAUUCUGUUUGUUGAAAAUGUUGUACGGUACUCUUCAGUAUUGAAAUGUUCUUAAAAGAAUUUGGCAAUAAAGUCAAAAGUGUGAAACAGCUGUA